GGUUCCCAUCCUGUAAUCUGUGCAGCACACUCAUAGGAACCAGUUGUUUGAAGCACUUUAUAUUUAUUCAUAUUUUGAUUGUAAAACCUGAUGGGAAGUGCCAAAAGCAAGUGGAGCACAAAUUAUUAGUUUUCUAUUUGCAUAGCAAUUGCAGGGUGUAGGCAGAACAAGACCACACAAAGUAUCAGGUUUCACUAUAUACUGUAGGUUACAAGUGUACAAGGAAAGCACAGAAGUUACUCACCAGUCUCAGUGAUCAUAUCUGAAGGAAGAUAUGGAAAGUGACUCGGAAACCCAUUCAACGUGCAACAAUAAUUUCGAUGCCAGAAAAUAUCUGGAGGUUUAUUAUGGAGUCGAUCCAAAAACUCAGCAAGUGGAUGUAGAGUCAAAAUUUGUUCUUGGGUUCCUGCAUGACGUAUUUGCUUCAGGUCGUGUAGCAGGAGACAGUUUGAUAGAAAUUGGUGCUGGACCUGUGUUAUAUCAUAUUGUAUCUGCUUCAGAACGAUUUAACACCAUCUACCUGACUGAUUAUUGUGAAGAAAGUUUACAUGAAAUAGAUAAAUGUCUACAAGGGGAAAAUGAUGCUUUUGAUUGGACACCAUACUUGAAAUAUGUAUGUAACCUGGAGGGCAACAGGUCUACUCCCAAGGAUAAAAUGGAAACAAUGAAAAAGAAUAUUAAACUAAUGAAGUGUGACGUAACGAUGGCUAAUCCGCUACAACCAAAUACAGUGCCCCAAGCAGACUGUGUCAUAGUUGCAGGAUGUCUCAUAUGUGCUUGUAAAACCCCCAAUGAUUUCCAAAAUGCUUUAAAUAACAUUUCAUCCUUAGUAAAACCAGGGGGGUAUCUGAUCAUUGUUGACUACCUGGGUGCCUCCUAUUAUCUGAUUGGUCAAACAAAGCUGAAUCUUCUCUCACUUGACGAGACUAUUGUCAAGCAAAAUGUAAAGGCCGCUGGAUUUUGUAUAGAGGAGUUUGAGGUUGGGAACAACUUUGGCAUUCCACAUGAGAUUUUUAAUUGUAAGGAGGUGUUCUGUCUCCUUGCUAGGAAGUGAAACAUUCUUCCGGAGAUGCUGCAUCCGAACAGCUUAAAAGGAAUGUUUUCCAAUGAGCUGUGUUUGUUAUGAUAAUGUGAUAUGAUAAGUAUGAAGCGCCAUGUCUUAUACUGGAGCAUCCAGUACCCUGUCUAUGAAGAGAUCUGUAUUGGAAGCAUCUGUAGGAACCCCUGCCAAGGUCAAGUGAACCUGAAGUGUGACAUCCUGAGUUACUUUUCAUUGGCAAAAUGUUAAUGAUUUUUCUGUUGAGUAGUUGACAAAUAAUAAACAGUACAAAUAGCA